AUGAGUAUAAGAAACUCAGAAACUGUUGGUUACAGUACACAAGACUGUGAAAUACAAGCCCAAAGUACUGAGCUCGUUAAUAGUCAGUUUCAGUCUUUCAAUCCUAUUGAUGAAUGUACAGAUACGAGUUAUAUUCUGAACUCAUAUCCCAAAGAGAUUCAAAAAAUAUGUUGCAACAUGUUCACCACCCCUAAGUUUUGUGAAUGGUUGAAGCAUGAGUGGCUGUAUUCGAGCAUAGACAAGGAAAUAUUUCUAAGGGUUAAUGACUUCCAGCUGAUAUUACGAGAACACUUUCCUACUUUAAAGUCUCGAAAGUUAAGUCGAGGUCAUUGGUCAACUAUUCGACGUAUCAUAGGGAGACCACGCCGUUUCAGUGCCACUUUCCUCUCUGAAGAACGAUACUCUGUGCAAGUAAAACGUAAAAAUAUACAAUACAUACAGCACAUCAUUUCAACAAGUUCUCUUGGUCCAAUGGCGUCAGAACAUUUAGAUAAUCUUUUAUUAUGCUUGCCACCAGCAAUUCGAAUUCCCCUUCGAUUACCAGUUGGUAUUAGAGUAUGUGUUUGCCUUCACACUCCCAUGCAAGGUUUAUAUCUUGGACUGAUACAAAAUUCGUGUCCAGGAGAUGGACAUUAUGCUGUUUGGGUUGAUGAGUUAAUUAUUUCAAAUGAUUACAUGGAAAUGAAAUCUUCUAGAUAUUACGGCUGUCAAAUUGUUCCAGAAGAAAAUGUCUUUCCUUUGCCAAAUCAGUCGUUACCACCUUCUGUAACACUUUCAGAGAUUCGUAAUUAUUUUAAAGAAAAUAUAAUAAACAGUGAUGUCACUGUUUUUUCAUCCGAAUUUAAUGCUAACUUCAUAAAUACCAUUAAUAAAACGGUUGAAUCAUCUAGUAAUCGUUUACACUGUGUUGUUCAAUCAUCACCUACUUGUGGACCUUUAUUAAGUGAAAGUAUAUGUGGUGCAGAUCAUAUACAUAUGAAUAAUUCACAAGUUUCAUCAGGAAAUCUUUUAAUCCCAAAACCUAAAUUUGAUAAUCCCUCUGUAAUAACAUCACCUUGUUCAGAACAAACAACAUCUUACCAGAAAACCGACUAUCAAUCGUACAAUAGAUUUCUUAUUAAUAUUAUUAAACUCCACAAGAUUUUAGAGAGAAAGCGCUCAUCAAUUGAAACAUUAAGACAAUUUAAUGAUACUGCUGAAAUAAAGCUUUCAGAGAACCAGAAUAACAUCACUAUACAAUUUCAACAUACUUACGCAACACUCAUAUUAAAUAUAGAUAAAAUUAAUCGAGAAUUAAAACAUUAUAUGAAUCAAGUACUUCUAUACGUGUCAACUAUGGCACAAGAACAUAACAUGAUGGAAUUAAAUUCCGUUAUCGACUGGAGACGUCGCUGUAGUGAUGAAGCUCAAGAAAUAGUUAAUCGGAUGAAAGAAUUACAAACAUAUAAAUUAAUUGAUGAAGACAAAUUGGAUCUUGUUGCUAAGCUUAUUUCUAUUCUCAUACAUUUAAGUAAUUUAUCUGAUCAUCGGUACAUGAAUCAAAUUCCAGCGUGUAUUGACGACAUUCUCAAAGAGAUUAAACAUGGUAUUCACCCAAAUAAUUUAAAAUGUUUUGAAUCUACAGUGGAAAAUUUUAUUGGACAAAUUUUAAAUUCAAUUACAAAUACUUCCUAUUCACGAAUGUAUCAAUAUCCUAUGUUAUUGAAUUCACAAAAUUCAGACAAUAUUUAA